CCAGUGAGAGAUGAUUCGUCGAUCGACGAAUAAUUUCUCGCUGGGCUAUCUCAUCAUAGAGAACUUUCCCCUAUAUAUAAUCAUAUAUAUAAUAUAUUAUUAUAGCAGGAUACAAUCACAUUGCAAUAAAAAAAUAGAAAAAUGCCUAGAUACCAUGAGAAUAUUGUGGUAAUCAUCAGCGACAAAACAGAAUCAAAGGGUGCGUUCAGCAGGAAAAGCUGCUUUGCAACAGUUGUAAAAUUCGUAAAUUCGAUUGGAGUAUGCUCUUAAAUUCUACCGUAAUGAAGAGCUCAGUCAGAUUCAAGAGUUUUACAACAGUUACAAAGCAGCUUUUUUCCGCCGAACGCGGCCAAAGAUCCAGAAUUCUGAAUAAAUGAUCACUAUUGGUCCAAGGAAGAACUUGGGCACGUUUGACCGAAACUCGUCGGGUCGAAUUUACGAAAUACUCCCGCGGUUUCUUCGCGUUUUGGCGCGUCCCGCCGUUCGAGAAUCACGUAAGUCGAUACACCGUGUCGAGAUAUCGAAGCUGCACUUCCUGCACUUGAACGAGGGGAGGGAAAGAGCAGAAGAUAUAAAAAAAAGGUGCAGCCUUCGUUCUCUCUUUUCUUCUACGUGAGGUCGCGUCUCUUCCCUCGUCUUUUACCCUCGACGCUUCUUAUCGUCGUUUCCCCCCGCGACCGCGAGCCUUCCGCGAGGGCGCUAGUGCACGGCAAAGGCAGCACAGCUGUUUCACAAUCGCGCCAAAUCGGGGGGGACUACCCGUUGCGAGCCGAUUCAAAUUCUGACGCUGCACACCUCGACUCCAAUAAAAUCUAAAUGUGCCCGUUAUUCGUCGUUUAAAUUCAGUUAAAACGUGCCAUUAUCCGCAACUUGACACAAUCCGCGUGAAAGUAUCGAGUGAGACGACGUGCUCCGAUCGCGAAAGUACGACUUCGGGAAAUUCUCGCCAAAUAUGCCACUCGAUACAACAAUGAAGGACCGUACGCUUCCUGCCAACAUACAUUCCUAAAAACUGGCGAGAUCCGGGGGAAUCGUGGAUUUAGCUCCAAGAUGAUUUGGCUUUUGUUACUUGCUAUUCAUGAAAUAUCCGCCAGCAAUGGCAACGCGAUCUUAAGAGACUUGGGAGAAAAGGAAUACUCCCUGAUAAAAGCAAAAUCAUCGCUACCGCAACAUGGAAAGUGCUGGCAUGUCGCGCUCCAAGCGUUGGAGGGCAAUUGUGAAAAGUUGAACGAUCAGGAGCACUCGCUUCUCGCCUUGCGCCUAGCCAAUUGUUUCUUGGAGGAUUCCGGUCACGCGAUCUACAACUGCCAUCUCAGCGAGACGGAAGACGAGCGUCGGAAAUGCAUCGGCGGCAUGGCAGACCGAGCGUUCAGCGUUUACAAUGAAUUCUACACUCACGCGACUCACAUCUGUUUCUUUUUGAAUCAUGAAGCUUGGCAGGCCGAAGUUGAUAACACUAUAAAGUUAUUGUUUCACGUGACUUCCCGGAUGAAGGCUCAAUUGCUAGAAGCGUCGGAGAUGCAAGGUGUAAUAUUGAAUAGUCAGAAGGAGGGCUUGCGUAUUCAAAACGAGCUUUUAGACCACGGCAAAGAACUCGAGACUGUACUACAAACUUCGUCCGAGACGGUUAACACUAUGGUGUCAGAUUUCAAAGAAUCUGCCAAAGAUCAGAAAGAGUUGCUUUACGAGAUCUUCUCAUAUGUACGCACCUUCCAAAGCUGGAUUAUUGGAGAAGUGUCUUGGUUUCAAUCUAUCAUUUUUUAUACCGUCAGCUGUAUUCUAUGCGCGUUAUUCAGUUCUUCCAGAAGAACGGUUGAUGCAAGAGUUACGCUCUUCGGCAUCCUAAGUUUAAAUAUCGUGGCCGAGAGAAUACUAGUUCAAUAUUAUGACAAAAUUAUUUCUCAGUCUCCGGAUGAUAAGACGCAUCUGCUAAGUACAACGUGGUUGUACAGAAAAAUUGCCUUGAUACUUUGUGCUAUAACAUUAUUCUGUACAUAUUACUAUUAUAAAGACGGACAGUUAGAGAAUUAUAAGACUUUACGAAGAAUUGAACAGCAAUUGGACGUCAUACAGAAAACUACAACUAUUUCCCAAGCUAUUUCCAGCAACAUCGAACCAAUUCGUUACUCAAAACGGCUCGCAUUGAAACGUAUGCACACGAUUUCUGACAAACUCGAGGACGCCGUCGAUAAUAAGAACAGGAAAUAAUUAUUUUAAGUUAAAAAAACUUAU